AUAAGCUCGGUCUUCCUGUAUUCGCAGGAACUUUAGUAUGACUCCCUUGAUUCCGGCCGUUCCUGGUUCUUUUGCGUUAGGUCGAAGAGUUUCAAAUUUAUUAAUAGGAACAAUAUUUGCAAAAUAAUCAGUUAUAAUCAUGGAUGAUGAGUGGGAUGUGGACAAUGUUGAAGCGAAAUUUGAUCUUGCGAUGAGAUCAAACAAAUGGGAAGGUGAAGAUGAAGACGAAGAUGUAAAGGACAGCUGGGAGGAUAUUGAAGAAGAAAAGAAGGAUGUAGAAAAACCUGCAGAAGUACCAAAAGCCAAACCAAAACCGAAGAAAGCUCUUACUGAAAGGAUCGAAGAACGUGAGAAAAAAGCAAAAGAGGAAGCUGAAAGAAAAGCUAAGGAAAAAGAAGAAGCAUUAACGCCAGAAGAGAAAAGAGUAGAACUAUUAAGGCGACAGAGGUUACAGGAAGAAGCUGACUUACGAUUGGCAAUGGAAACAUUUGGUGUAACUGAAGAAUCAUCAACAGGACUGGAUGCUAUGAAUCCUAACACAAAAGAAGAAUUUGAACAAUUUGGUACUGCGCUUUCACAGAAAAUCAACCAGUUUAAAAAACAUUCUGAAUUUCCACCAUUUGCAGAAGAACUUAUAAAGUCCAUUGCCCUAAAUUUAUCAUCAAAUGCUUUGAAGAAAGUCAAGACUAUGGUGGAUAAUUUAUUAAUAGAAAAACAAAAAUUAGAAAAAGGAGAAAAACCUAAAAAAGCUAAAGGAAAGGGUAAAGCAAAACUUAAAAUUGAAGGAGAAAAUACCAUGUUAAGCGAGUAUAGUGAUUAUGUAUAUGACGAUUAUGACGAUUUUAUGUAGCGACUUUUCAUAUACAUAAGUAUUCUAGUCGCCUAAAUACAUACUGAAAGAUAUUAACUUGCAGAUUUAUACAGAAAGUUUAUAAUUAUACUUUUUGCAUAUACUAUUAUAUGCAAAAUGUAUACGCAGAUUGAUCUGCAUUCUUAAUAUUAUCUGCAUACGACUUAACAGGAAUCAGGAGAGAGUGUUAGAGUUACAUUACUAUAUCUAUAAUCUGUUGAAACGGAUUUUUUUGUAUGAUUACAUUUACUUGCACCAUUGAGUUACUAUAAAAUAUUUUCUAUAUUCCAAUUCAUAUAAAGAAAUGUCUGCAUAUUUAUAUUAUAUGAUUAACAAAUAUUAAUAUAGUUAAGUUAUAAACAUUUAUACUGAAAAAUAAUAAUAAUUCUAAUUUUUUAUUAAUCUAGAUAUAUGUGUGACCAAGUUUUUUAAAUUUAAUAUUAAACUGCUUUUUUAUUACAUCAUAGUUUAUUGUUAAAUACCGAUAGCCGAAAAUACGUAUGUUGUAUAUUAUGAUUUUCUUUUAUCUAAAAUACAACGAAUAAAUAUUCAAAUUUUUCUUUAAUUGUACUUAUUGAAUUUGAAUUGAUUACUAUAUGUAAUUUAAACGUGAUAUGACAUCAUAUAAUAUUUUAUAAGCAGUUUUUUAAUCUAGUAUAUAUUAUAUUUGUUAUCAUAUAUAUUAUAUAUCCUAUACUAAUUAUGCAGACUAUUCCAUAAUGAUUGGAUAUAAUUAAACAAAUAUGUAGUGCUCAGAUUUUAUUAAUAGAUAAUUGUUCUAUUAUCUAUCCAUGAACAUAACAUUGGACAAACUUUUGUUUUUAUUUAAUAUAUCUUUAGCUGUUUAAAAUGUCUUCAAUAUGCUUACAUAGCUGCAGUGCACAGCUAUUAUGUAACUGCAUUAUGGAAGUUUUAUAUAACAUGUCAUACAUACAUACGCAUAUGCAUACUUCAAUUAAUAAUUAAAAGUUGGUUUUGAAAAAGAGUAUAUUCCUAAAUAAAGGUUGACUGUAAAUAA